UAGAUCAUUUAUGGCUCUUAUGCGAGGCUUGACUUUUCAACAUGUACGAUCAAGACACAUUUUCUCGAUAUAUAUAUAAUCCCAUACGACCCCAGCUUUCAUUACACCCAACUCUCAUCAGCUUCUUGUGCUUGUCUGGAAGUUGAAGAUGGAUAACAUCACUCUAUGUGUUCUAUUGUUGAUAUUUGCUAGUGCUUUCCUGCCUCAUUCUUCACAUUCGCAUGAGCUGACCAGGUCGAAAAGAGAAGCUUUAGAGAUUAUCAUUGGCGGCGGCGGCGGCGAUACUGGAAAUGCUCCUUCGUCUUCCCCAGAAUGUGGAGAAUGUCAAAGUCCUCCGCCUUCUCCUCCACCUUCAUGCUCACCUCCUCCUCCACCGCCGCCAUGCCCACCUCCGCCCUCUCCUCCCCCACCGCCGCCUCCGCCUCCUCCCCCUCCACCCCCGCCGCCUCCCCCUCCCCCACCGCCGCCUCCCCCACCACCGCAACCCAGGCUGAAACGAGCAAAAAAAGUGCUUCUAAAAUUCAAGCAGAACAUCUGCGAUCCGCAGGGCCGAACGUCAAACUGGAAGAUGUCCAACGACGUAUGUAAAUUCAAUGGCAUCCGUUGCGCCACAUAUCCGAACGAAAAACAGAAGGCAGUGGCGGGACUGGACUUUAAUGGCUACGCAUUCUCCGCGGUGCAGAAGGAUAAACCGCUUGACCUUUUCGGAAUCUUGGCCCCGAUCCCAGAGUUAGCAUUCUUCCAUGUGAACUCCAACAAUUUCAGCGGCCAAGUCCCACCUCAAAUCUCCCAGUUCCCAUACUUCUUCGAGCUCGACCUCAGCAACAACAAGAUAAGCGGUGAGUUUCCGAAAGAGGUCCUUCUAUCGAAACAACUUGUGUUCCUGGAUCUCAGGUUCAACGAACUUUGCGGUUCGAUUCCACCGCAGCUCUUUAAGCUGCAACUAGACGUCAUCUUCAUCAACAACAACCAGCUCACCGGAUGCCUUCCCGAUGACUUCGGGUCCACGCCGGCCAGGUAUCUUACAUUCGCCAACAACAAGUUAACGGGUCCGAUCCCCAAGAGUAUUGGUAAAGCCACGAACAUCACGGAGGUGCUGUUCCUGGGGAAUCAGUUUUCUGGAUGUUUACCUUAUGAGAUUGGGUUCCUCGUCAAAGCUACGGUUUUCGACGUGAGCAAGAACUGGCUGACCGGUCCAAUCCCGCACUCCUUUGCCUGCUUGGAUAACAUCCAGUUCUUGAAUUUGGCUGAUAAUCAGUUCUACGGGCCCGUUCCGGAGUCGGUGUGCAAGCUUUCAGGGCUCCGAAACGGGAAUUUGACGCUGUCGGGUAAUUAUUUUACCCAGGUGGGACCAGAAUGCAGGAAGCUGAUAGACGCGAAGGUGCUGGACGUGCGGCGGAAUUGCAUUCUAGGACUUCGCGAUCAGAGAACACAGGCUGAGUGCACCAAGUUCUUCUCCGAGGUCAAGCCGUGUCCGAACCCCAGGACUUUGCACAUCGUACCUUGUAACAAGUACUAUGAGAGCUACGAGAAGACGGUGCCGGGACCGGCGGCAGCAGGUUCACCGCCGACUCCGGUGACCUACAAGUCACUCAAACCGCAUCGCUUGUGAAUCAGCAUUAUGACGAGGCAUUUUGAAUAACUGUUGUCUCUUAAUUUUAAUCAUAUGCCUAUUUGCACAUAAUCUAUCUUUAAUUGUGGCCCUCCAUCGGCCCUUGAUUUGUAUAAUAGAGUAAUGAAUAAGCUGUACAAGUGUACUGUGACCCGAUUUGGCAUCUUUCACUCGAUGGCAGAUUGGAUAUUACUAAAGUAUGGUGUAAUCAUUGUAGUUGUUAUUCGUGCAAUAAAAAUAAAAUAAUUCUAAAUA